AUGGCAAAUUUAUCAUCGCCUCCAUCACCAGCUUCAACUUCUUCGGAACUUUCCAAAUUGGGAUUAAAUCCAUCAUCGCCUUUGUAUCUCUAUCAGAUCGAACAACUUAAAAUGCUUCAGAAAAAUCAAGGAUUUCCCGAUUUAUCGCUGCUUUAUCAAAAUCCAACAAUUUUUUAUACAGCUAAUCCAUUUUGGUGGCAACAGUUGAUUUUCUCACUUCCACCUGCCUUUGGGAAUAAUUUUAAGAAAGAGAAACCAGAAUCUCCAGUUGAACCAAAACAAGAGACGAUGAUGAGUCGUGAUUAUAUUUUAACUCCGGAAACACCUGAUCGAGAUGAAGAAGAUCAUUACGAGAUGGAGAUGGACGAGCCUUUGAAUCUUUCGAAAAAGAAUUCCGUUCGUGACACUGACAUUUCUUCAACACUUUCAUCGCCUUUGCUACCACCCACACCAAAAUUAAAUCCAAACCUUUUCUCAGCUAUUUGGUCGCCAGCAUCUUUAGUGAGUCAAAAUGAAAAAUCUUUUGGUUUUAAAAGUGAAUCAGAAAGUUCACCGACAACCCCAAAAAUGAAAUUUAAUUUUGAUAAUAUUCGUGGAAUGUCAUUGAAACGAGAAAAUUCAUCACAAAUUGAUUACGGAGUUUUAAAGAAAAAUUGCACAGACAUUUUCUUGAUGCACAAUAAUAAUAAUAACAAUAACAAUAAUAAUCUCACAUUCAACAACAAUUUGAACUCAACAUUUAAUGGUAGUGAUAGUAGAAAUAUUCUUGAAAAAACCCCAAAAACCUUUCGCAAGAGUCUGCCACAUAUUAAGCCUGAUUCAACUGAACAUAGUGAUUUUGUGGUGCGUGAGUUUCGUGAUGAAAGAGGGAAAAAAGAACGUUCGUUUGAGUGCAAGCAAUGUGGAAAAGCUUUUAAAAGAAGUAGCACAUUGUCGACUCAUCUCUUAAUACAUUCGGACACGAGGCCAUAUCCUUGCAGUUACUGUGGAAAAAGAUUUCAUCAAAAAUCAGAUAUGAAGAAGCAUGUUUAUAUUCAUACUGGCGAAAAACCGCACAAGUGCCCGGUGUGCUUAAAAGCUUUCAGUCAGAGUUCGAAUCUAAUAACUCAUAUGAGAAAACAUGGAAGUUAUAAGCCUUUCAGUUGUGGUCUUUGUGAAGAAGCAUUUCAAAGGAAAGUCGAUUUAAGAAGACAUCGAGAGUCAACACAUCAAAUUGAAAAUGAAAGUGAUGCAAGUAAAGUAAUUAAAGUGGAAGAAGAGUUUGAUGAGAAUCUAACAAAGCCAUUUAAGUAUAUCAAAAUGAAGAUCAGAGAUUAA